UGCUCGUAAGUGCUUGGGGUUGCAGCCCCCAUUGUUCGCCUCUCACUUUGUGGGCAAUGUGAAUCCUGCUUCGACAGGGAGUUGUAGUUUUAGGUCAUUUUGCCAUUUUAACAUUUACCGUAGCCUAUUUUGAGGCAGAUCAUUUUCAUUCUCCGCAUGUUAAUGGUAGGCUAUCCUUAUCGUGGUCCUUUGAAAAUGCAUCCAUUUUGAUAAAGGAUCCUACGGAAUACGGGAAUAUCAUUAAAAGAUCGAAGAACAGGAAAGUGAUAUCAUCUUUGUUGCUCUUACCAUUUAAAUUAAACAAACGGUUUGGCCAGGUGCACGUUGAUUGUGUGUUGCAAUGGCUAUACGGAAGAUAGCAAGGCAUCCGUUACAAUUUAAUGCUAUGGCUACAUAUCCAUUUUUUGUUGGCUGCCCGCGUUUCGUUGUGAUUUUUAUCAGUUGGUGCGAAGGGCCACCUGAGUUUGUCAGCCGUGCAUAAAAGGCACAAAGAAAAGCAAACCGAAACAGCGAGACACAGUGGCCACUGAGAAACUAGCCAGUGUUCGCACAUAAGAACGUAGCGGAUACCUUAAAAUCCUGCAGAUCUUUGUGUUCAAGCAACCGUCUCAAGGGAAUGCCAGCUUUUGAGUCAUAUCUAGACGAUCGCUUACGUUGACAUUGAUGGUAAAACGAUAAUUGCGGAAGACUAUUAAAAACGAUAGUGGCGUCACACUGGAAUUGCCGCUCAUGGGGAGAAGCCAUGGCGGAGCACAUGAUGAUGCCUAUGCCCCACGGUGCCUCCAACGGAGCCAUCCACGGGUACCGCAUGGGGAUGAACGCCAGCCUCCAGCCCGGACCCCAGCAGCACGCUGGCCAGCCCGGCCUGAGGGCCCUCCCCAACGGACAGAUGAUGCACUACGCGGGGGGCCCCCAGGCCAACAUGGAGGCCGCCAUCCGCCAGAGGCCCAACCUGGUGGUGGCCAUGAAUGGCCAGAUGAACGGCGCUCCCAUGGGCCACCACCAAAUGGCAGCUGGCACCAUGAUGUACAAUAGCCAGGCACAGCCUCCUCCUCAGCAACCACAUCACCCGCAGCAGCAGCAACCACACCACCCGCAGCAACCACACCACCCGCAGCAGCAGCAACCACACCACCCGCAGCAACCACAUCACCCGCAGCAACCACAUCACCCACAGCAGCAGCAACCACAUCACCCGCAGCAACCACACCACCCGCAGCAGCAACCACACCACCCGCAGCAGCAGGUACUCCACCAGCAACAUCAGCACCACCACCUGCAACAGCAGCAGUUGCAACAGCAACAGCAACAACAACAACAGCAGCAGCAGCAGCAGCAUCAACAGCAGCAGCAGCAGCAUCAACAACAGCAACAACCGCAACCACAACAACCGCAACCGCAACAACAACAACAACAGCAGCAGCAGCAGCAGCAGCAGCAGCAGCAGCAGUACGUGGCUGGAGGCAUUCCUUCCCCACAGCUCAUGGCCAGCAUACAUUUGCAGAAACUCAACACCCAGUACCACAACCACCCCUUGGCCCCCAUGAACGGGAACCACAUGGGCAACGGAGUCCAGUUCCGCAUGGGCCCAGCCCAACUGGCCAGCAUGCAGCACAUGGCAGGACCGGCUCUGGGCCUCAGCGUCAUGGACGCGGACCUGAUCGACGAGGAGGUUCUGACGUCGCUGGUCAUGGAGCUGGGUUUGGACCGUGUGCAGGAGCUGCCUGAGCUCUUCCUGGGACAGAACGAGUUUGACUUCUUCUCGGACUUCGUGAGCAAACAGCAGCCAAGCACAGUGAGUUGCUGAGACGGAGUUUCGGGAGCCGGGGGGGAGGAGACCUCCUCAGCAGGGAGGCGCAGAGGAGAGCACCGUAUAGGAUGGCAACAAACACCGUUCCUCGCUCGUUUCUUCUCCUCCUCAUUUUGGUGGCAGAUGGGCCCUGCUGGUCUGUCUGCCUGUCCACAGAGAGAGGAGGGGUGUGAGUUUGGGGCCAUGUCAAUUUCAAGCCUCCCCAGUUGCUGGGAGGUCUCGGCUUUUGCCCGGGCUGCAGUUUUUUAAAAGUGAGAUACGAGGAGCGAGAGAACUGCCCCUCUCACGACUGCCCCUCUCUCCUGCCUUCUCCUGGGGAGGAUAUGAAUGUAAAAUACAAAGGGAGCAGUUGCCAGAAGCCUCUCCAAGCAAUGUAAAGACUCUGUCCACGUGUCCAUCUCCUAUGGAUGUCAAGUCUUCACUGCAAUUUUACAUUAAAAUGUAUUUAUUUCUGUUGCUCACAGACUCACACAGUGAGACCAGCCAGAGACUCAAAGAGAAAAAAAGGAAAUUAUAGAACUUAAAACAGAGAAGGUUUAUGGAAGAGCUCUAUGUUUUUAACAGUGAUUUUGGGAUGAAAUGUCACUUUAAAAAGACUAAGUAUGGGUCUCGGGGG